UUGUAUUUGUAUUGAACUCCGGACUGGAGUCUGGGUAUUGCGACAUCGCAAAGCAAUUGCUCUGUCAAGUAGCGAUUCGAUAUAAAUAGGGGUCCUGUCUUGAGCUCCAGUAGCAUUAUUCGACUGCUAGAGAUUUUGAGAGAUGUCAGUUAGUUGUUCGGCCGAAGUUAGUGGAGAGGUGAAUAAAGAAAAAGAAGAAUGUCCUCGCACUAGUCAAAAUCAACAUACCCUCGACGCUGCAGAAAGUCUCGCCGAGCCAUCCGCGGACAAAAUUGCAGAAAACCCCGAUAGAGUUUCAUCCGAUAAAACAGCAGCCGAUUUGUCUGCGACAAGAGCAACGGAUAUUGUUUCAUCAGGGCUAAGGAAUAUCCAAAAUGGAGCAGUAAAAGGUACAGAAGAAAUCUCUGUCAAGUCCAAUACUGGACAGACAAACUACAAAGAGGACAAAAGGAAAGAAAUAAAUCCAGAAACACCAGGAGCAGAUCAGGGCCAACGAUCUCAAAAGAAAGCUUGCUCUUUUUUUGUACGAUCCGGUCGAUGUCGCUAUGGACAGUACUGUAGAUUCCUCCACCCAGCUCAGUCCAAAUCUGAGGAGAGUGAAGAUGGGUCCGCAGUCAAACCUGAUGUUAAGAGACCUGUAUCGAGCUCAGAGGGGAAAGAUUCCAAAACAAAACAGACUUGCAAGUUUUAUACAAGGUCCGGAUGGUGCAGCUAUGGCUACAGAUGCAAGUUUGCACACGUGAGGAAAGAAGCCUUACCCGACAGGGAUUCCGAUGCAAAGUCUGGGUCACACCAGAAGCAGACUACAGAGGGCGGUAUUGACGAGGAGGAUGUCUUGGUGUCGUCCACCUUGAAGCUUUCGCUUGAUGAUGGAGCGGAGGAGGAACCGGACGGGAGAAAGCGCUCCAAGAAGCCCAAGACAUCGAAGCUGAAGAGAUGUCGUUUCUAUGACAUGGGUCAUUGUCGUUCAGGGAAGAGAUGUCGCUUCUUGCACACGGAGAAAAACGAAACUGUAGAAGAUAAUGAGGAUAAUACAUAUGAAGACUCCAAAGAAAAUGUAGCUCCAAGGCAAGAAGACGAGGGCGGUUGGCAAACUGCUCGUAAACCGGUCGGACCAGUCACAAGCCGUCCAUUGUCUGAACUGAAAGAGGGUGAUGCAGCCAAGAUGCGGGAGACGGAGAUCAACCAGCUUAAGAAGAGGUUUCCUGGAGACAAACUGGUAGUGAGCGAUGAAGGUGACAAUACGUCGUAUCGCUUCACUAUCAAGCCGACAGAUCCUGACUGGCCUUAUGAUCUGAGCGAGUUUGACGUAUCUGCCAUUUUUCCCUUGGAUUACCCAGUCUCACCAUUACAAAUCAGCCUCCCCGAAGAUCAGGUCCUUCCUACUGUCAUAUUGAGACACAUUUCAGAUGCUGCGGUCGAGUGGUUGGAGGCCAGGGCUGCUACCAACAAACUUUCUGGGAGAGCAGAGCUCAUGAUGCGGCCAUUCCUUCGAUGGUUUGACCGGAGUCUAAUGAGACUCUUCACAGAGGGUGCUAGGAAGUUUAAGAAGGAGGUGUAUGCUAAGGCUGCAGGCUUUGAAUUCAUCUCGUAUUCUGCCAAAGGAGGAGAGAAGGAACCGGUUGAUCAGGAAGAAUCGGACGCUCCCUCCCAUCCCAAGGAAGAAUUCAUCAACCAUGAGAUGGAUGAGAAUCGAGAAGAAGCUGAGGGCGAUGAAGAAGAUGAUGUUGAUGAUGAUGAACACGAAGAGGAUGCUGAAGAGGAGAAUGCUAAAGGAGAAGAGGGCAUGGCAAUAGAGGGAGAUACCGAAAUCCAGUCGGGUGACUUGACUCAAGCGGUUGCUGCAACAAGUGCCUCUUCACCCCCUCCGGACCAAUCGCCUCCGAAACCCUCCAAGUACGUAUCCCCAACAGAGAACCGCCGCGGCACCGAAAUCCGUUUCCCUCGCAUGGAGAUGAGCGAGUCCGCUGCAACCCUCGCCUGCGAGAAGAUCAAGAUCCGGAUCCAGUGCUCCCGGUGCAAGGUCCAAACGGACGUCAGCGUGGCUCCUGGUCUCGCCAUGGUCCUGGGAUGUUCUAGGUGUCAGAACCAGCAGGCUGUUGGGUAUAGACCAUGCAUCAUUCAUCAGUUCUCAUCGGUGAUGGGCUUUCUUGAUCUUACUGGUUGCGUCCCUGUGGAUCUUAUCAUAUUUGAAUGCAAGUUCCUCGUCUCUUGCUUGGAAUGCUCUACAAACUCUAUCAUUCAGGGCAUUCAAUACGGCCAAGACCGUCUUGCGUGGUGCUCCAAAUGCCAUCAAAAGAUGAGCGUUGCCAUGGAUACAGCUAAAUUCCAAAGACUUGUAGCUUCUGUACCUGAAGGUAAGACAGAGGUUGUUGCGGUGAAGAAAGAUAAGCGUCAAAAAGACCCUGCCAUUCGAGAGGGGUUCCCCCUACCAGCCAAUGGAACGUGCCAACAUUACAAGAAAAGCUUCAGAUGGCUCAGAUUUCCAUGCUGUGGUAAAUGUUACCCAUGCGAUGAAUGUCAUGACCUAGCGGAGCUGGAUCACGAGAUGAAAUUUGCCUCUCGCAUGGUUUGUGGAUUCUGCUCCAAGGAACAGCCUUACUCUGCCGACAAGCCUUGCCAGUCCUGUGGAUCCAAUGUUACCAAGUCCAGGACCACUCACUGGGAAGGAGGAUCGGGAUGUAGGAACAAGACCAAAAUGAGCCGAAAUGACAAACAGAAGUUUGCCAACUUGAAUAAAACUACAUCACGCCAUGCCAAGAAAGUGGAGGAAUUCCAAAAAGGGAAGAAGAAGAAAUAAACUUGUACCCCGACCUCCCCAGCCCACCCACAAGAGCUGAAAUAGAAGAAACUAGUUUACCUCAAUUCAUUUGCUAUAAAUAAGCCUGCAUGAUGUCAAUCCAAUUCAUAAUUUGCCAUUAUUUCAGAUCUAUCUGACAUGUAUAUUUUAUGCAAAUUAUCUGCAAGUAGUUGUAAGUAUAAUAUAUCAACAAUAUUUUAUCUCGAGAAUUAAUAUGCUUAGCAGAAUAGUGUGCAAAACUUAUAUUGUUAACAUGAAACAUGUAAGAAAAAGAAUAAUGCUCCCUUUUUUAUAAACUUUUCAAAGUGCGUUUGUGGCUGCAAUUAAGCUUACGAAAGCAAAGGAAGAUUGUAGAAAUUUCAAUUUGAUAUUAUUUCAUAUCAAUCUUUAUUUUUGAAGAUUAUGUUUGUAAAGAAGAUAUAUCAAAUGUAUAUGCUCAGCAUUAUAUUAUUGGGCAAAAUAUAUGCAUAAGCAUGAAAAGGUAAGAAAUAGGAAAAUGCUCUACUUGUUUGUUUGGUUUUUUUGGGGGGGUCAACUUUUGAAAGUGCAUUUGUAGAUACAAUUAAGUUUGCAAAAGAAAGAAGAAUUCAAAUGUCAUCAUUGUAUUUAUAUAAUUUAUCAACAUUCCUUCAACUCUUGGUAUUUGCC